AUGGUUGCAAACGUUCAAGACGCGAGAGCUCAUACAGUCAAUAAGGAUGAGACUAUUCCAAGUGAAAAUGAGAUGAAAAUGCUCUUUGAAGCUUCUAUGAAAAAGCAGCAGUUGGAUGGAAAGCCUAAAGUAACGCGUGAAGAACAGACGACUUUUUUCUCAGCAAUGAAAGAUCCAGCGUUUCGAUCGCUAUUAAAUGAUUACAUGCAUGAGAUUUCGGAUCCAAACAAUCGUGAGGAAACGGAGAGAUAUUUGUCACAGCUUGAGAGUGAAGAAAAGAUUCCACAGGAUAAAAUAUUGGUGAAACCUUUACCAGGUUUUGUUGUCAAGACCAAGUGGGAAGUCACAGAAAAGAUCUUUAUCAAUGUAUGUAGUAGUGAUAAGAUGGAACCACCAUCGAGUACUAAAGUGACGGUAGGACAACAAGGUACGUCUUGGCAAUUACCAUAUUCAGUUGGACCGGAGAGAUUUGAAGAAGAUCAAGGGGGUCGGAAAGUAUCAACGUUUGAUGUCUGUUUUCAUCCUCGGGUUUUAGAAUUUACAAAAACUCAACGAAAUUAUCGAGAUAUGGUCGUGAAAACGUGUUUGGAUGGUGUUGAAGCGAUAUUACAAGAUACGCGACGCAAGAAGAAUGGAGGAUUGGAAAGGAAGGAAUCCAGUGACAAUGUGUCUGAAAAACGAGUUGAAAGAUUCCAACCAGAAGAAAGACGAAAUGAAACAAGUAAAGCAUUGUAA